CAUAUAGAUCACCUGACCUGUUAAAGACUCUGAGCGAUUAGUGUGUUUCUCUGUGAGCAGUCAGAGUAUACUAACAGUAGUGCUAGUCCAGUGUACUGUGUGUUGGUCUGAAUUAACCAUGAUGAUCCUGGGGUAUUGGGAUAUCAGAGGGCUGGCUCAUUCUAUCCGCCUCCUGCUGGAGUACACUGAGACCCCAUUUGAAGACAAGCACUAUGUGGUGGGAGAUGCUCCCACUUAUGACCGCAGUCAUUGGCUUGAUGAAAAGGAGAAGCUGGGAUUGGAUUUUCCUAAUCUUCCAUACCUGUUUGAUGGCGAUGUCAAGCUGACUCAGAGCAACACCAUCCUGCGCUAUAUCGCAAGCAAGCAUGGAUUGUGUGCUGAAACUGAAAAAGAUAAGAUCAUUGAAUCCCUACUUGAGAACCAGUUUUGGGAUUUUCGGAUGGGUCUUGUGCAUAUUGCCUACAACCCACAAUUCGAAACUCUCAAGGGACCAUACCUUGAAAAACUACCUACAGCCUUGGCACGUGUUUCUAAAUUCCUUGGGGACAGACAAUGGUUUGUAGGAGACAAGAUCACUUUCAUUGACUUUCUCGUGUAUGAUGUUUUGGACCAGCACCGGAUGCUAGAGCCAACUUGUCUUCAAAACUUCCAGAACUUGCAGGACUUUCUGAACCGGUUUGAGGCUCUUCCUACUAUUGCUGCAUAUAUGAAGUCUCCUCGCUUUAUGAAGACCCCCAUAAAUAAUCGGAUGGCAUCCUGGGCUAACAAAAAAUAAGUUAAAGCCUCUUAAUCAAAUCAGUGUUCACAUCCCAGUCAAAGUUCUCCGUAAUCCCAUCUUAUUCCUACAUCUUAAUUUCCUGUAAACUGCUAACAAUAAAUCUACACUAACUAUUGCUACUUCUUCAUAUUAAUCAAACUGUCACUUCCAUGGGGAAACACCUAAUGGCAAGGACAAAACUUUUUGAAUAACUUUGUCUCAAAAAUGUAGAAGUAACAGCUAAAAUGUGUAGUGAAAAAUAGCCUGGCUCUAACCAAUACCUUUAGGGCUGAGGCCAUUAAUUCUUCAACCUCUCUUGGUUCAAUCAAAGCCUUAAAGCUAUAGAAGUAAAGAGUUAAUUCCAAAUGA